AUGCCACAGGACACUUUUCCCUUUCCUAUCUCAUCCAACUCCUUGUUAAACAUAAAUCUGCUCACCAUCAUGUUCAGUACAUACGACCAUAGGGUGUGGAAAACAGGGCUUCCCGUCCGCUCAGCCGUACUUAAGCCACACGCCGGUGAGUUAGUAGUUGGGUGGGUGACCACCAGCGAAUCCUCACUGUUGUAUGUUUUUGCUUUUGAAACAUAG